GGCGCGAGGCGGCAGGGUCUGGUGGUUGUCGCUGCGCCAUGGCCAAGCAUCAUCCGGACCUCAUCUUCUGCCGCAAGCAGGCGGGUGUGGCAAUUGGAAGACUUUGUGAAAAAUGUGAUGGCAAGUGUGUGAUCUGCGACUCCUACGUGCGGCCUUGCACUCUGGUGCGCAUCUGUGAUGAGUGUAACUACGGCUCCUACCAAGGGCGCUGCGUGAUCUGCGGGGGUCCAGGAGUCUCGGAUGCCUACUACUGCAAGGAGUGUACCAUCCAGGAGAAAGAUAGAGAUGGUUGCCCUAAAAUCGUCAACCUGGGCAGUUCCAAGACAGAUCUCUUCUACGAAAGGAAAAAGUAUGGCUUCAAGAAGAGGUGAUCCUAUUUGUACGUGGCUACACCUCCUGUUGGGUUGGCAAAAGGGUCUUGGAACAUGCUCUGAACUUUACUAUUACUGAAAACCGGUUGAGUAUUUCCUUCUAAAGCAGUACAAAUUCAGUAGUAUACUUAGGGUUGAAUAACUAAUGAACUGAGUUACUGAUUAUCAGAAAGAGCAAAUGAGGACUACUAUCUCUUGCCCUUCAGAAGGUCUGCUAGUAGCUGCCCCAGCUCACUAGAAAAAUCCUGGUGGGCAGUUAUUUAUGCAUGGAGGAGACCAGCUUGGUAAAUAGUGAGUGCCCUUCCUGGUGUGGGGAAACACCUUGAAGUUCUUCCUCCUAGUUGUUUGAAAUUGCCCUGCACUUCACUGUUGAGGGACAGAGCACCAAUCCCAUGUGUCUGCUCCCCCCGCCCUGCUCUCUUUCUCCAGUAUAUUUCCAUGAUGUCCUGUUUUGUAAGGAACCUGCUCAUGGCUAGUGCCUUCCUAGGGAGAGCACAGCUGUUCCAUGUUUUCUUUGACAGAUUAAUCCAAGGCCCUUUCUUGUAACCAUUUCUGUAGGAUGCAUACAA